AUGGCUCUGUUAGUAUACGUCGACGAUAUUCUCAUCACAAGUGCCAGAAAAGAUCUCAUUCAGGAGCUAAAGACCUUUCUGGACAAGACAUUCAAGAUUAAAGACCUGGGAGCUCUUGGGUACUUUCUGGGAAUAGAAGCAAAGAGAACCGAGAAAGGCUUAAACUUAUGCCAACGAAAAUAUGCCCUGGAAAUUCUAGAAGAAGCUGGCUUCCUUGGAUGCAAGCCUGCUAGCACACCAAUGGCACAAAAUCUAAAACUUAGCCGGGAUGAUAAACAACUUGCAGAUUCUAGUAGCUACAGAAGAUUGGUGGGAAAACUGUUAUAUCUAACAGCAACAAGACCCGACAUCUCAUAUGCCAUCCAACAACUGAGUCAAUUCGUAGAUAAUCCUAAAGACCAACACUUGACUACUGCACAUCGAGGCUAA